AUGCUCGGUGAUCCGAUGAACCUUAAAGAAUGCGGGGAGGUGAGAUCUCAUCGGACGGUCACCCAUCUAUCAACCGGCACGGCUCCGCUCCGUACUCAGGUCCCAGGUCCCAGGUCCCAGAUCCAGGUGAGGCUAUGCGUAGCUUCAUCUUUUGCAGGUGAAGUCAAUUCCUGUUGUUCAGGACUGCUCCAGUGGAGCUGA